AUGACAACCAAUCAUUUGGAUGUGUCCGAAGUUGAUAGCUAUGACUAUCUGAUUGUGGGUGGUGGUACAGCAGGUUGUGUGAUUGCAUCCCGCCUGGCUGAAUAUCUUCCCCGGAAGAAGAUUCUGUUGAUAGAGGCCGGUCCCAGUGACUUUAUGGAUGAUCGAGUCCUGGAUCUCAAGCAAUGGCUCAGCCUCCUCGGUGGAGAACUUGACUAUGACUAUGGCACGACCGAGCAACCGAUGGGGAAUUCUCACAUCAGGCAUUCUCGCGCCAAAGUCUUGGGCGGCUGCUCCAGUCACAACACGCUCAUCUCUUUCCGGCCGUUUGAGUAUGACUGCAAGAUCUGGGAGUCCAUGGGCGCCAAAGGCUGGACCUUUCCCAUGUUCAUGCGAGUGCUAAACAAACUCCGAAACACUGUUCAACCUGUUCACUCUCGUCAUCGAAAUCAGUUGUGCAAAGAUUGGGUCCAAUCGUGCAGCACCGCUAUGAACAUCCCCAUUGUCCACGAUUUCAAUGCCCACAUCGCAGCCACGGGCGGCUUAAGGGAGUGUGUGGGUUUUUUCUCCGUCAGUUACAACCCUGAUGACGGCCGGAGAUCAAGCGCCAGUGUGGCCUACAUACAUCCAAUCCUUCGCGGCGAAGAAGACAGGCCAAACCUUAAGAUCCUGACCAAUGCCUGGGUCUCGAGGAUCAAUGUUCGCGGUGACACAGUAACGGGCGUCAAUAUCACCCUCCAGUCAGGCCAGAAGUUGACUCUCACCGCACGCACUGAGACUAUCCUCUGCGCCGGCGCCGUCGACACACCGCGCCUCAUGCUCCUCUCCGGCCUGGGCCCGGCUCAACAACUGUCCUCCCUCUCCAUCCCCGUGGUGAAGGACAUUCCGGGUGUCGGUGAAAACCUCCUCGAUCACCCAGAAACCAUUAUCAUCUGGGAGCUCAACCGACCGGUCCCACCUAACCAGACGACCAUGGACUCCGACGCCGGUAUCUUUCUCCGCCGCGAAGCUCCCGACGCGGCAGGGGCGAAAUCCACGCCAACAAACCCGGCCGCCAUCCCGGACGGGAAGAUCGCGGACGUGAUGAUGCACUGCUACCAGAUCCCCUUCUGCCUAAACACGACAAGGUUGGGAUACGACACUCCGAUCGAUGCCUUCUGCAUGACCCCGAAUAUUCCUCGGCCGCGAUCCCGCGGCAAGCUCUAUCUCACUUCGGCCGACCCCAACGUCAAGCCGGCGCUGGACUUCCGCUACUUCACCGAUCCGGAGGGCUACGACGCGGCCACCUUCGUCUUUGGGCUCCGGGCCGCGCGCCGCAUUGCCGAGCAGGCUCCGUUCAAGGACUGGAUCAAGCGCGAGGUGGCCCCCGGCCCGCACAUCCAGUCGGACGAGGCCCUGUCCGAGUACGCCCGCAAGGUCGCCCACACCGUCUACCACCCGGCGGGCACCACCAAGAUGGGAGACGUGCACACGGACGAGCUGGCCGUGGUCGACGAGAACCUGAGGGUGAGGGGCCUCAAGGGCCUGAGGAUCGCCGACGCUGGUGUGUUCCCGGCCAUGACCACCAUCAACCCCAUGUUGACGGUGCUGGGAGUCGGCGAGCGGUGUGCCGAGCUGGUCGCCGCCGAGGCGGGCUGGCAGCUGCCCGAGGUGGAGAUGAGCGGGCAAGGAUGGGCGAACGACAGAGGCCUCCGACACAGGCUAUAG